AUGGCUACUAUUUUAUCAGAUAUAUAUGAAGAUAUAUUAAAACUAUACACUAAUUACAAGAAAACAUCUGUGUCUCGUCAUACAUUAAGUUAUUUAGAAACAAGAAAGGAAUUAUUGGAGCAGUAUUGGAUGAGUUAUUCCAACGAACAUCACUCUAUUCUUAAAAAUGCUGACAUUAGUGCGGAAGGUAGGAAGUCAGCGAAAGAAUUGUUUAGUAACACGCAAGAGAUAUAUUUGGAUUUUAAAACAGCUUUAAAGGAAGAAAUAAUGCUAAAAUCUUCUUCACCCACACAAGCACCGACAAGUUCUGUAAUAUCAAAACCUAAACUACCUCCUAUAAACUUACCCACAUUUUCUGGAAAUUAUGGUGAUUGGAUAAAUUUCAAAGAUUUAUUUUCUUCAUUGAUCGAUCAAGACAAAGGUCUCAGUGAUAUUCAGAAGCAUCAUUAUCUGAGGUCCAGUUUAAAGGGAGAAGCUGAACAAUUACUUCGCCAUUUUGAUGUCACAGCCGCUAAUUAUAGUAAAGCCUGGGAGACACUAGUUAACAGAUACAGCAAUAAGAGAAUAAUUGUUAAUAAUGUACUCAGUCGCCUUCUUAAUCAAAAGAAACUCACCUACGAAUGUCCCAAAGGCUUAAAAGAUUUGCUCGAUACUACGAAUGAGUGCAUUAAUAGUUUGAAUAAUUUAGAGAUCGAAACGAGAAAUUGGGAUCCGAUUGUUGUACAUAUUGUUGUUUCCAAAUUAGAUUUAGAAACUCACAAAGCUUGGGAGCAAUCACUGGGUGCUUCAACGGAUUUACCAACUUUGAGUGAAUUAAAUAAAUACUUAGAAGGACGAUUCAGGGCUAUAGAAAUGGUACAAGUUACUCAGAAAAGAGACAGAAAGGAUAUUGCAUCGUCACAACUACAAAAGACUAAGGCUGUCAAAACAUUUUAUGCUGAAACAGAGACUGAAUGUACCUAUUGCAAAAAUAAUCACUAUAUUUGUCAUUGCACUGAUUUCACCACACUGACAGUUGAACAACGUAGAGAUUUUGCUAAGAACAAUAACCUGUGUUUCAAUUGUUUGGUUAAAGGACACUCCAUCAGAAAUUGCAGGCAACGCACGACUUGUAGGACUUGUAACUACAAACAUCAUACGCUGUUACACAAUGAGAAUUUAAUCACUAAGACUGCCAUUGCUGAUUCCCCAGACUCAGAUAAAGAAUCCUGUUCAUCGGAGCCUGUCCAGAUCACUAGUAUGAAAGUAUUUUCUCCUGAAAAACAAGUCCUGCUCGCUACAGCUCAAGUUGGUAUUAAGAAUAGAAAUGAAACUCUCAUUCAUUUACGUGCCUUGGUGGACCAGGGCUCGCAAGCUACCUUUAUAACGGAGUCUGCUGUUCAGUUGCUUAAUCUAAAAAAGACACUACUUGAGACAAACAUCACAGGCAUAAGUAAUCACGCUGUCAAAUCACGCUAUGUAGUUAAUUUUGAUAUCUACUCACCACUCGAUUCGAAAUGGGUUACUAAAAUUAGUGCUCAUGUACUCACAAAAUUGACGCCACUUAUUCCCACACGAGAAUUGGAUAUAUCACAAUGGUCAGAAUUUAACACAAUACCGCUUUCAGAUACUCACAUGAACAAACCGGGACCAAUAGAUCUUUUAUUGGGUGCCGAUAUAUAUUCGGAGAUUUUAUUAGAAGGACUUAAGAAAAGCGGAUCUUUGAUUGCCCAAAAUUCAAAACUUGGUUGGUUAGUAUCUGGCACUGCACAUUCACAAGCAAGUUUAUCCACACACACAAUUGUGGUUUCGUCAGCUCUAGUUCAGAUCGAGCAUUUAUUAAGAAAAUUUUGGGAGACAGAAGAAUAUCUACCCCAUGAGAAACCUUUAACUUUGGAUGAAAUCAAAUGCGAAGAACACUUUGUAAAAACUCACACCCGCACAAAUGAAGGUAGAUAUAUAGUUAGUCUGCCAUUUAGAGAAUCGUAUGAAACAAGACUUGGUGAUUCACGUAAAAUUGCUCAUCAGAGAUUAUUGCAGAUGGAGAAACGAUUCAUACGUAAACCUGAAUUCAAAAAGAAAUAUACCGACUUUAUUGAUGAAUAUCAAAAUUUAGAUCAUAUGGAAGAUGUCAGUUCACAGGAAAAGAUUACUCACAAACCCUAUUAUUUACCUCAUCAUGCAGUUGUCAAUGAGUCUAGUUUGACAACUAAGUUAAGGGUCGUAUUUGAUGGAUCGGCGAAACCUGAACAUGGAACAGCACUUAAUGAUGAGCUGCUUAUAGGACCAGCUCUACAACAAGACCUACGAGAUUUAAUUAUACGUUGGCGUACACACAAGAUUUGUUUGAUUGCUGACAUUAAGCAGAUGUACCGUCAGAUUUUAAUCUCUAAAAAUGAUGUGGACUACCAACGCAUUCUUUGGCGUCGUUCUCCAUUAGAAGAGGUCACUGAAAAGCGUCUACUCACAGUAACUUAUGGUACCUCUUGUGCUCCUUUCCUAGCCAUUCGCACGCUUAAACAAUGA